AUGAUCCGCUGCCACAAAACGUUGAGUCGUCUGUCCACCGCGCUGACGCCCAUAAAAAAUAUCCCUGCGCCGAUCCCCCGCAACCCCACCACCGCCGCUGCCGCUGCCGCCAUUCACAGCACUGCAAACACAGCGCUCCACACUGCACCUGCUCUCCUCCGCAUGGCAAACUCAAAAUUCGAGUACGUCCGCGCCUUCGAGCGCCCCGACCCCCUCCUCCCAAACACCUUCAUCGUCAUCCGCCUCGACGGCCGCUCCUUCCACUCCUUCAGCGCCCGCCAUGCCUUCACAAAACCCAACGACAUCCGCGCCCUGCACCUCAUGAACGCAGCCGCCGCCGCCGUCGUCCGCGACCUCCCCGACAUCGCGAUAGCCUACGGCGUCUCGGACGAGUUCUCGUUCGUGCUCCGCCGCGAGACCACGCUCUUUGAGCGCCGAGAGGCGAAGCUGGUCACGACGGUGUGCAGCAGCUUCACGAGCUGGUAUGUGUUUUUGUGGCCGCAGUUCUUUCCCGAGACGCCGCUGGUGCCGCCGCUGCCGUCGUUUGAUGGCCGCGCGGUGUGUUAUCCGGCGCUGGGGAAUGUCAGGGAUUAUUUGAGCUGGAGACAGGCGGAUUGUCAUAUUAACAAUCUCUACAACACCACGUUCUGGGCGCUCGUGCAGCAGGGAGGAAUGACGACACAGGAGGCUGAGGAAGAACUCAAGGGCACCUUCGCAAAAGACAAGAACGAGAUCCUCUUCUCGCGCUUCAAGAUCAACUACAACAACGAGCCCGAAUUCUUCAAGAAGGGCAGCGUCAUCUUCCGGGACUACACCGACGUUCUACCCUCUGCUGCUGCUCCCGAUUCCUCUUCCCCCGCCGCUGCCGCUGCCACUGCCGAAGCGCAGGAGACGGCGACCACGGCAGUGCCGAGGGAAAAGUCAAAGACGCAGAUUGAGAAGGAGAAGAAGCGUGCGAAGAAGGCGCAGGUGGUGGUGGAGCAUGUGGAUAUCAUACAGGACGCGUUCUGGGAGAAGAGGCCGUGGAUAUUGGGGGAUCGAUGA